UGCAAAUUUGUUCAGCAAAGUGAAUUUCAUUUCAAAGAAGGACCAACACCAACCAUGAGUAACCAAAACAACGAUAUCAAGGCUUUGGAACUGCUCUUCCAGCGACCAUUGGAACCAGUCUUCACUUCUCGAGACAAUGGUAAGGCUGCAUUUGAUGUACCAGAUACUUUCUUGACUGAGAGAUAUAGUGGCGUUGGAGUUGAACUUCAAAGUCGUUUUGGUGAUGAUGUUGAUGUUAGGAUCCCUCUGCGUGACAUUACCAAGCCAAAUCUGGAUUUUGCCACGCAAAUCGGUAGAAAGGAGAACUUUUAUAUUUUCAUUGAUAAACAUAAGCGAAUUGCUGGACAAUUAAUAAAAAUGUUCUUGGAACCAAAAGAUCGUUCAACUUUUAUUUCUUUGGCUGCAUAUGUUAAGGACCGUGUCAAUCCAAUGUUGUUCCAAUAUUGUUACGCCAUUGCAGUAUCACAUCGCAAGGACACUGCAAUGGUAGCAAUUCCACCAAUUGCUGAAAUAUUUCCAGCGAACUUUGUUGAACCAUCGGUUUUUAGAGAUGCUCGUACUGAAGGAUCAUUGAUUACAAAUCCUGGAGAUAGAAUGACCAUUGACAUGUCUCAAAACUUUACUGCCUCUGAUCGCGAAGAAGAACAACGUUUGGCCUAUUUCCGUGAAGAUAUCGGAAUAAAUAUGCAUCAUUGGCAUUGGCAUUUGGUAUAUCCUGGUGAAGGACCUGACGAAGUUGUUCGCAAAGAUCGUCGUGGUGAACUUUUCUACUACAUGCAUCAUCAAAUCAUCGCACGAUACAAUGUUGAACGUUUCUGCAAUGGACUUCCUCGAGCAAGGUUAUUAAAUAACUUACGAGAAGCCAUUCCUCAAGGAUACUUCCCAAAAAUUUUAAGCAGUUUGAACAAUCGAACCUUCCCAGCCCGUAUUGCUGGACAGUCUCUAAGGAAUGUUGAACGUGUGGACAAUACUAUUGAAAUCACUGAAGUAGAACGUUGGGCUGAUAGAAUUCAUCAAGCUAUCGAUCAGGGAUAUGUUGUUGACCGUAAUAACAAACAAAUUCCAUUGGACGAAGUUAGGGGAAUUGAUAUCUUAGGCGACUUGAUUGAAGCCUCUGCUUUGACAGUUAAUAGGCAAUUGUAUGGCAAUCUUCACAAUAUGGGACAUAACUUGAUAUCUUUGGCUCAUGAUCCCGAUGCAAGGUUCAGGGAAGAUAUCAGUGUGAUGGGUGAUGUAACAACAGCUAUGAGAGAUCCAAUCUUCUAUCGCUGGCAUUCGUUUAUUGAUCAAAUUUUCACCAAGUUCAAGGAUCUUCUUCCAGCUUAUGACAAUAAUCAGCUUGGUUUCAAUGGAGUUAGUGUAGAUUCCGUUGCUGUACAAAUCAGAGCCAAGGGAACAACUCCCAACAUUCUAGCUACAUAUUGGCAAAAUUCUGAUAUUGAUAUCGGUGCUGGGUUAGAUUUUGGACCAAACGGAGCUGUUUUCGCAAAAUAUACUCAUUUACAAUAUGCUCCAUUUUCAUAUGACAUUCGAGUGACCAAUUCAGGAGCAAAUCGUAGAGGAACAUGCCGAAUCUUCAUCUGUCCGAAAACCGAUGAACGUGGAGCAGCAUUAAGAAUGGCGGAUAUCAAAAAUAUGGCAAUUGAAUUGGACAAAUUCACAGUGAAUUUAAAACCUGGUUCAAAUACAUUUAACCGUAAAUCGAGUGAAUCUUCUGUAACCAUUCCAUUUGAGCGUUCAUUCCGACGAACAAUACCCUCGAUGCAACAACAACCAAGACAACAACCUACCCAAGCUGAAUUAGAUGAAUUGGCUCAAUUCCGUUUCUGUGGUUGCGGAUGGCCAGAUCAUAUGCUUUUGCCAAAGGGAAAUGCAACAGGAAUGGAAUUUGAUUUGUAUUGUAUGAUUUCGGAUUAUACUGGUGAUGAAGUCAAACAGACCAAUGAUUCUCCAAAUAUUUGUGGAGAUGCUGAUUCAUUUUGUGGUCUCAAGGAUAAAUUAUAUCCGGAUAAACGUGCAAUGGGUUUUCCAUUUGAUAGACAAAUUACUUCGACAAGUCUUGGUGAAUUCUCAAAUCAAUAUUCUAAUAUGGCAAUUACAACUGUUAAAAUUCUAUUCUCAAAUAAGACAAUUAAUAGACAAAAGACUAGGGAUUAACUGAUGUGGAACUAGACAGGAUAUCGACAAUGAUUACACUACCAUAGCACACAUACUCAAUGAAAAGACUUUACUAAACUACUUCAUAUUUAAUUACUAUAAUACUUCUACAUUAUGUAUUUUAUUACUCAAUAUAAAUAAAAUUAUUUGCAUUCCAAAA